AUGGCGGAGGUACUGGCCACCAUGGUGGUCGGGCCGCUGGUGUCCAUGGUGAAGGAGAAGGCCUCCAGCCACCUCCUGGACCAGUACAAGGUCAUGGAGGGCAUGGAGGAGCAGCACAAGCUCCUCAAGCGCAAGCUGCCCGCAGUCCUGGACGUCAUCACUGACGCCGAGGAGCAGGCAGCGAAAAACAGAGAGGGGGCGAAAGCUUGGCUUGAGGAGCUCCGGACCGUGGCCUACAAGGCGAACGAUGUCCUUGACGAGUUCAAGUACGAGGCACUCCGCCGCAAGGCAAAGGCAGAGGGGCACUACAAGCAGUUCGGUAUGGAUGUCAUAAAGCUCUUCCCUUCUCACAACCGGUUUGUGUUCCGUCAUAGGAUGGCAAACAAGCUCCGUAUGAUUUUGCAAGAAAUUGAUGUCCUCAUAGCAGAGAUGAAUACCUUUAGGUUCGAAUUCAAACCACAGCCACCAAUGUCCAUGAAGUGGAGGCGGACAGAUCCUAACAUGCCAGACAAUUAUGUGAACAUUGCAAGUGACUCAAGAGCAAAAGAGAAGAAGGAGAUUGUUGAUGCAUUGCUUGGCCAAGGGGGCAAUGUGGGUCUCACAGUCCUUCCUAUAGUAGGAAUGGGUGGGAUGGGCAAGACCACAUUAGCGCAGCUUGUUUACAAGGACUUCGCCAUUCAGAAGCACUUCGAGGUUCAGAUCUGGGUGUGUGUGUCGGGAAACUUUGAUGUGGACUCCCUGUUUGAAACAAUAGUGAAAGAGGCUAAAAAAAAUGGCUAUCAAAUGACUGGUGGUUCAACAAUGGAAAUGUUUAAAAGUGCAGUGAGUGGGAAGAAGUAUCUCCUUGUACUAGAUGAUGUAUGGAACCGUGAGGCCAACAAGUGGGAUAAGUUGAGGUCCUACCUUCAUCAUGGUGCCCCCGGUAGCUCAGUUUUGACAACAACUCGUGAUGAAGAAAUUGCUCGGUUCAUGGGGACAAUCGAAGCCCAUAAGAUCAAGCACUUGGAACAAAGCUACAUAGAAAAAAUUAUCGAGAAAGAAGCAUUUAGUGUGCAAGCACAAAAGCCUGAUGAUCAGCUACUCAGUAUGGUUGGUGAUGUUGCGAAGAGAUGUUCCGGUUCUCCUUUAGCUGCUACAGCAUUGGGUUGUGUACUUCGUACUAAGAAUACCGUGCAAGAAUGGGAGGCGGUAUUAAACCGAAGCACAAUUUGUGAUGACGAAAAUGGAAUCGUACCAGUACUCAAGCUCAGUUACAAUUGCUUGCCACCACAUAUGCGACAGUGCUUUGCCUUUUGUGCUAUGUUUCCUAAGGAUCAUGAGAUUGAUGUGGAAAUGCUGAUCCGACUAUGGAUCUCUAAUAGUUUUAUCCCGGAGCAAAAAAGAGUGUGUCCUGAAGACAUUGGUAAACAAAUUUUCAAUGAGCUAGCGCAAAGGUCAUUUUUUCAGGAGGUGCAGCAAGACAAAUUUUACAGACAAAUUACUUGUAAAAUCCAUGACCUUAUGCAUGAUGUUGCACAGGAUUCAAUGGGAAAAGAAUGUGCUGCAAUAGAUACAAAACUGAGCCAAAGUGAGGAUUUUCCAUACUCUGCUCGCCAUUUAUUUCUAUCAGUUGACAUUGAAGAAAAUGUUUUGAAUGCUUCCAUAGAGAAAGGGUCUCCAGCUAUCCAGACACUAAUAUGUGAUAGAUCCAAAAUAGCAGAUGUGCAGAAAUUAUCAAAAUAUUUGAGGCCUGUCCGAGCCUUAAAGACAUGGCAAGGUCGAUUUCUAAAGCCGAAAUAUCUUCAUCACCUAAGGUAUCUUGAUCUCUCAAGAAGUAAUAUUGUAGCACUUCCUGAAGACAUUACCAUCCUGUAUCAUCUGCAAACAUUGAACCUAUCUUAUUGUGCACGUCUUCAACAACUUCCAAAGGCAAUGAAGUAUAUGACUGCCCUCCGUCACCUCUACACUCACGGAUGUCCGAAGUUAACGAGCAUGCCUCCAAACCUCGGACACCUCACUUCCCUGCAGACGCUUACAUGCUUUGUAUUAGGUACUGGCUCGGGUUGCAGUAACAUGGAAGCGCUGAAGAACUUGGACCUUGGUGGCCAGCUGGAGCUAAGGAAGCUUGAAAAUGCGACAGGAGCAGAUGCAAAAGCAGCAAAACUCUGGGACAAGAAAAGGCUGGAAGAACUAACAUUAAGAUGGUCUGACGAUAAUGACAAGGAGGCACAUAAGGAGGUGCUGGAAGGCCUCCGACCUCAUGAUGGGCUAAAGGCUCUGAGGAUGUAUUGCUGCAGUAGCAGUGGUAUUCCAACAUGGAUGCUUGAGCUGCAAGGCAUGGUGGAGCUCGAGUUAGAAGAUUGCCAAAAUCUCGAGAAGCUUCCUGCACUCUGGCAGUUACCGUCCCUCCAGUUUCUUCACCUGAGCAACCUACAAAAUUUACAUUGCUUGUUCAGCGGUGGUGCCCCGUCCAAGUUUCAGAAACUGAAGAUGAUGUCGUUGAAGAAUAUGCCAAAUUUUGAGAUGUGGUGGGAAUGGGAUAGGAAUGAGGUGCAAGGAGAGGAGCAGAUAUUAUUUCCUGAGGUUGAGAAUCUACGGAUCGUGCUUUGUAGAAUAUGCCAAAUUUUACGAUGUGGUGGGAUAGGAAUGAGGUGCAAGGAGAGGAGCAGCGGUUGUGGAAAGCUGAUAGCAUUACCAAAAGCGUCGGUGAUUAAAAAAUCAUCCGGUAGAGAUGGCGCUGAGUGCCGCUCCCCGUUUCCAGCAUUGAAGGGAUUGUGUUUAAGUGGUCUGGACAAGUUUCACAGAUGGGAGGCGGUCCAAGGAUCUUUAGGAGAACAAGUAACAUUUCCUUCGCUUGAGCAACUAGAAGUUAUUGGUUGCCCAGAGUUGACUACUUUUCCGGAAGCACCGAGGCUAAUAAAUGUAGAACUAUUGGGCUCGAGUGCACUGGCGCUAUGGAAAUGUUACUUGUUCGAGUGCAACAAAUAA